AUGGCACAACACAACUUUGAAGGCGACGUUGGCAACUUAAACGAACACCAAAUACAAUUCAUCAAUAAAGUGAUUGAAGAACAAGGAUUGAGUGUCAAUAAAGUAGUUUUUCAACCAGUCGGUAAAGCUGGUGAUAAUUUUGUUGCAAAUGUGAAGAGAAUCAACAUAGAAGGAGAAAAUGGAAGCCUCAAGAUGGUUGUCAAAAUAGCUUCUCAAAAUGAAUUUCUUCGUCAAAGUACGAAUACAGAAAUAUCCUUUAGCAAUGAGAACUUUAUGUACACGGAGGUGUUACCUAAGCUAGUGUCACUGCAGAAAGCAGCAGGAGUACCAGAAAAAGAACAUCUUAGAUACGCAAAAUGCUUCGGAGCUCUGAGUGAAGCGCCGAACGAAGUAAUAAUGUUAGAAGAUUUGAAUGAAUCAGAAUUUGUAAUGUUGAGUAAGUUCAAGUCCCUGACGGACGAGUGUGGACAAAAGCUAGAAGAAUCAAUAAUGAUUGACUACCAAGGAUCAAAGAACGGCAACCCUGUAAUGGAUCUUCUUUUUAUGAUCUUCAACUGCACUGACCAUGAGACGAGGUCAAAGCACUACUACGACUGGUUAGAUUACUACCAUUCAGAACUAGACCGUUCAUUAUCCUACUUUGAUUUGUCAGCUGAUUCAGUAUAUCCAAGAAGGCAAUUAGAUGCAGAUAUAAAGAAAUACAAAGACUUAUUGUUCGCGAUAUGUAUUAUGCUGACCAAUAUUUUUACGAGGAAUACGGAAGAGGCUGCUGAGAUGAUGGAGACCCUUAACAGCGGUAGUUUUGAUGAGGCUAUUGAAGUGCUGGCGAAUACUGAAAUACCAAAGGACACUGCAGUUCGAGCUAAAAAGCGAAUCACGGGGAUCGUUGAAAGUUUUAUCGAGUUAGGGUUAUUAUAA